AUGGCGUUUCCAAAGCUUCCCUUGGCCGGUCCGGGAUAUGUGAUCUUGAACAUCGUCCGGGUCAUGAACAUCAUCUGUCUACUCGCCAUCAUCGCAGCCAGCGUUCUCUUGCUAGUGAAGACUUUCUUUGUGUCCAAUUUCUUCUUCUUCGAAGCUGUCACCCAUGUUGCGAUUGCAUCCAUCAGCUCAUUUCUCAUCGUCUCCGAACUCAGCAUCUUCCGCGGAUAUUUCGACCGUAACUGGCCUCUUCUUGGCCAGGACUCAGGCUUCAUUACACUUGGAACAGCCAUGGUGCUACUUGGCAUAUCAACUCUAGGAUAUUUGAACAACCAAGCCACGAGCCAGGAUGCAAUAGGCCUUCCAUUCUGGAGACUUAUUCUGGGAGCCGGUAUAGUCUCUAUCGUCACUGGAAGCAUUAAUAUUGGAAUGAGCUUCUUAUUCCGCGACUCAGAUCUCGGAGUCUCUGCACGCCAUGUUCGUGCUCGCGGAGCGGUCGCUACACAGGAAGCCGUCACACGCAAGGACAGCUACAAGUCAUUCCAGCUUUCCCGCAAGGGGUCUCUGCCCACGUAUAGUUCCUCGACUUCAAGUCCGCGGUCUGCAUCAGUACGCCAUGCUCCGCGAUUUCCAAUUCGCAUUUCCUCUCCAGUCAUGACUACGACAGAGGAGUUCGCAAGGUCACCAAUUACACCAAAGUCUCCAACAGCUGCAGACCUGGCUGUUCCCAACCUUGCCCACCAUCCCGCAAUGUAUUCUAACCACGUAUGA